AUGUCUGAAGUACAAGGAACGGUUGAGUUUUCUGUAGAGCUACAUAAAUUUUAUAAUGUGGAUCUCUUCCAGAGAGGGUAUUACCAGAUCCGAGUGACCUUGAAGGUAUCCUCAAGGAUCCCCCACAGACUGAGCGCCUCCAUCGUUGGGCAGACAGAGAGCAACAGCCUGCAUUCAGCCUGUGUCCACGAGAACACGGUGCACAGCCGGGUCUUUCAGAUCUUGUACAGGAAUGAAGAAGUGCCCAUAAGUGAUGCCAUGAUCUUCCGAGCUCACCUUCUCUUAGACGGUGAAAGGGUAGAGGAUGCACUGAGUGAAGUCGAUUUCCAGCUCAAGGUGGACUUGCACUUCACAGACAGUGAGCAGCAGCUGAGGGACGUGGCUGGGGCCCCGAUGAUCAGCAGCCGCACGCUUGGCCUGCACUUCCACCCCCGGAGAGGACUGCACCACCAGGUCCCAGUCAUGUUCGACUACUUCCACCUGUCGGUGAUCUCGGUGACCAUCCACGCUGCCCUGGUGGCUCUGCAGCAGCCCCUGAUCAGCUUUACUCGCCCAGGAAGGGGCUCCUGGCUUGGCAAAGGCGGACCAGACACCGGACCAGAGCCAUCUAUCAUUUCUCUGGAAAACCUGGUGUUCGGGGCUGGAUACUGCAAGCCGGCCUCCUCCGAGGGGAGCUUCUACGUGCCCUCCGAGAACUGCAUGCAGCAUGCACACAAGUGGCACCGGGACCUGUGCCUCCUGCUCCUUCACGCCUACCGGGGACUCCGUCUCUACUUUCUGGCCAUCAUGAGGGACAUCCCGGAGCUGCCUCACAUGGAGCUGGAGGCCCUGGCUGUGGAAGAAACACUCUCCCAAUUGUGCUCAGAGCUGCAGAUGCUGAACAAUCCGGAGAAGAUAGCAGAGCAGAUAAGCAAGGACCUUGCCUGGCUUGCCUCCCACCUGAUGGCUCUGUGGACCCAGUUCCUGGACACGGUGACUCUGCACUCCCAAGUGACCACUUACCUCACCCAGGAGCACCAUACCUUGAGGGUCCGAAGGUUUUCUGAGGCCUUCUUUUACAUGGAGCACCAAAAACUCGCAGUGUUGACCUUUCAGGAAAAUCUGAUACAGACCCAUAGCCAGCUGUCCCUGGAUGUCCGAAACUCUGAGUACCUCUCCAGCAUGCCCCCGCUGCCUGCAGAGUGCCUGGACAUCGAUGGAGACUGGAACACUCUGCCUGUAAUCUUUGAGGACAGAUACGUGGACUGCCCUGCCACAGGACCUAAUGUGAGUGUCUACCCUAAUUUUGAUGUUCCAGUGACUAGCCCUGCAAUAACAAGUCUAAAAGAGAAAGAAGAGAGCCGUAUUGUAAAUAGCAAAUCAUCUUUUAGGGAUGACCUUGUCCUGGCUACCAUGAAACCAAUCCAGAUGAACUCCAAUGAAGAGGGUACUCGGUGUCCAGAGCCAGGAGACAGUGUGACCACACAAAACAAAAUGGACACGUGCUGUGAGUCUCAGGUGUAUCUGACCAUUGGUGAAUUCCAAAACAAAUCAAAUGUGUCUGAAGAUGAAUUUUUGACUGGGCGAAGGGCCGAUGUUAGUGCCUAUGCACUGGCAGAUGCUGAUACGCCCAGGAAGAGCGCAGGCCCAGAGGAUGGACAAGCCCCGGCACUGACCUACAUUGACGUGAAAUCCAGCAAUAAGAACCCCCACAGAGCUGAGCCCAUAGUGGUCAUUAGUGCUGAGUGUGAGAAUCAAAGUGCUGGAGACAGCAUUAGAUUAGACAGAGCUGUGCCAAGCAAAGUAGUAGCCAAUGGAAGUCACCAAAAUGCCAUCUCUUCGGACAAAGUGACUCUCCAUGAAAUGAGUGCUUUUGGAAGGGGAGCAGACCAGGAGGGUAGGAUGGUGCUCCUUGGUCUGAAACUCCUCCCCUCGGAGCCCUGGGAGUCCCUUGGCUCUGCACUGAGAGAGCCCUUCGAUGUUAGGUCUUCCCCAAAGGACCCGCACACAGAAGAGCACGAGGCCCUGUCAGUGCUGUCUGGAGUCAUCAAGAGGUCUUCGUCCAUCAUUUCUGAUUCAGGCAUUGAGAGCGAGCCAAGCUCUGUGGCCUGGUCUGAGGCCCGAAGCAGGGCCCUGGAGUUACCCAGUGACCGGGAGGUCUUGCACCAGCUGGUUCGAAGACACGCCCUCCACCGGAACUCCUUGGAGGGUGGGCACACAGAAAGCAAUACGAGUUUGCCGAGUGGUAUCCAGGCUUCUCUCACCUCCAUUAGCUCCUUGCCUUUUGAGGAAGAAGAGCGGGAGUUGGCACUCACCAAGUUAACCAAGUCUGUCUCUGCACCCCAGAUCAGCAGCCCAGAAGAGACUGCUGAAGAUGGAGACAGCAAGCAGCAAGGUGCGGCUUUUGCGGAAGCUUUGGCUAUGCACAGUAAGAACAAGGAUUCCCUUGAACACAGCUCUCAACCUUGUGGUGGCUCCAGAAUCCAGGGUUCUGGAGGAGAGUGUUCCCUUGUGGAAAUUGUCUUAGAUGCUGACAGCCAGCAGGGCCCUGGCUACAUGGACAUCCCCAAAGGAAAAGGGAGUCAGUUUGAUCCUCAAGGACAUUGUCAUCUUGAUGGUAGGACUGAGAACACAGUGGGUGUUGAAACCAAAGGUUUUAAUUCAAAAAUCCCACGCAUUACAGCACUUGAAAAUUCUAGGACCAGAUCUUUCCAUAAAACACUAAUGGAAACCCCAAAGGGCAUGCCCAAUGACUUGACUGUGGGUAAAGGAACUCUUUCCAACAGCUGUAUCCCCGAGGCUGGGGGCAUCUCUCACCCUAAGGUGCCUGAAUUCAGCUGUAUAUCAGCUGCUGAUGCCGUCGACCUGAAUUCAGCAGGCGAGCGCAGCAGUUCACCUUGCGUCCUUGAUGACAAAGCAGUGAAGAGAGGAGCCGCUGCCUUCCUGGAGGCUGAACAUGAAGCAGGCACUGUGUGCCCCACUGUGACUCACCCCGUACCCCCCCAGGUUUUGAGAAGCCAAGAGCCAAAAGCGGGCAGUUCCGUAGCCCAGCUGGCCUAUGCAGAGUCCUUUACCUUGGAGAGCCUGAAGGCUGUGGAGGUCGUCAAUCUGUCUGUGUCUUGCACUGCCACCUGUCUCCCUUUCUCCUCUGUGCCCAAGGAGACCCCUGCCAGGGUUGGCUUCUCUUCCAAACAGACUCCAUUCCCCAUCACCCAUCAACCUUUGGGUUCCUUUGGAGUAGUUUCUACUCAUUCCAGCAAGCUGGAGGAAGAAAUCAGUGAAAGGAUGUUUAGUUUUUAUCAGGCCAAAGAAAAGUUUAAGAAAGAACUCAAGAUUGAAGAAUUCCUGUACAGUGACUUAUCGGUACUAGCUUCUGAUAGACCGUAUUUCCCACCAGAGGAAGAGGAAGAAAAUUUGGAAGAUGGGAUCCACUUGGUUGUCUGUGUCCAUGGCCUGGAUGGGAACAGUGCAGACCUCCGGCUGGUAAAGACGUUCAUCGAACUGGGCCUCCCUGGAGGAAAGCUGGACUUCCUAAUGUCUGAGAAGAAUCAGAUGGACACAUUUGCAGAUUUUGAUACCAUGACGGAUCGGCUACUGGAUGAAAUCAUUCAACACAUUCAGUUGUACAACCUCUCCAUAUCCAGGAUCAGCUUCAUUGGCCAUUCUCUUGGCAACAUCAUCAUCCGGUCCGUCCUCACUCGGCCCAGGUUCCGGUAUUACCUCAACAAACUGCACACGUUCCUGUCACUGUCUGGACCUCACCUGGGGACCUUGUACAACAACAGCACCCUGGUCAGCACAGGCUUGUGGCUCAUGCAGAAAUUGAAGAAAUCUGGGUCUCUUCUGCAGCUGACCUUCAGGGAUAAUGCUGACUUGCGCAAAUGUUUCCUCUACCAACUAAGCCAAAAAACAGGGCUGCAGUACUUUAAGAACGUCGUUCUGGUCGCGUCUCCCCAAGACCGCUAUGUGCCAUUCCACUCAGCCAGGAUCGAAAUGUGUAAAACUGCUCUCAAAGACAGACACACGGGGCCGGUUUAUGCAGAAAUGAUCAACAACCUUCUGGGCCCCCUGGUGGAAGCCAAGGACUGCACUCUGAUCAGACACAACGUGUUCCACGCCCUGCCCAAUACUGCCAACACCCUGAUCGGCCGAGCCGCUCACAUCGCUGUGCUGGAUUCUGAACUCUUCCUGGAGAAGUUCUUCCUGGUGGCGGGACUCAACUACUUCAAGUAG